UGCCAAGAUGAAUAUUUCUUACGUUUGCUCUCUGAAGCGUAGUGAUAGUGGCAUCGUUUAAACUGCCUUAGGUGAACAAGGCUCGAGGUUAAAACAAAUUUGUUUUACUGGAAGAAGGAGUGAUCCCUUUCGACCACUUUCUUUCUGCUGGGAUUUUUAGAAGCACAUAACCUUCCACCAUUACUUCCCAAAGCAAAGCGGACUUUUUAGGGCUUGCUUCUCGGAUUUUCCAGAGGAAGCGACUCGUUGCUGCUGUUGUGGGCAUCGUCAUGGUGUUGGCUCUCAUCAUAGCAAUACCGCUGCUGGUCCAAACUUCGAAGACGUCGGCUCAUUAUGAGAUGAUGGGCACCUGCCGAAUGAUAUGUGAUCCCUACAAUCCGAAGCCCAGCGCUACUGCCAUGGAAGUCAUGCAGGACCUUAGUGCCAUCCCGCCUCCGUUUGUUCAAGGGACUAAAGGCGAACCGGGGAGACCGGGGAAACCCGGACCGAGAGGUCCGCCGGGAGAACCAGGUCCGCCUGGACCAAAGGGACCACCUGGAGAAAAAGGAGAGUCGGGGAAACCAGGUUUUCCUGGGCUGACCUCGGGGACAGCGAGGACCGAAACGGGGGACGUCAGUGCAGCAGUCGGCGGCACAAAGAUCGCAUUUUAUGUCGGUCUCAAGAACCCUCAUGAAGGAUACGAGGUUCUUAAGUUCGACGACGUGGUGACGAACCUCGGUAACCAGUACGACCCGUCCACUGGCAAGUUCACGUGCCAGGUGUCCGGGAUAUAUUUCUUUACAUACCAUGUGCUGAUGCGAGGAGGCGACGGUACGAGUAUGUGGGCAGACCUCUGUAAAAACGGACAGGUCCGAGCUAGUGCCAUCGCCCAAGAUGCGGAUCAGAACUAUGAUUACGCAAGUAACAGCGUGGUCCUGCACCUGGACUCCGGCGACGAGAUCUACGUCAAACUGGACGGCGGCAAAGCGCACGGGGGCAACAACAACAAGUACAGCACCUUUUCUGGUUUCAUUUUGUAUCCCGACUAAACAGCCACACAAUGUCGUCGUGACUCUUCCAGUUUAGAGCAACUGUCCCCGAACAGGGAUCCUGUAAACUAUAAUGCGUCGUGUUCAUUUUCGUUGUGUGGAGAGGAAGAAAUCACACCCGUCUUUCUUACCCACUAAAUAACCGUUAUACAGAAGACAUAGCCGUUUGAGAUAAUUUUGUUUGAAUGUGAUCAUGUUUGCUUGGCUCGUCUGUGGUGUAUUUGAU